CUCGCUAUAGACAACAAAGCCGAACGACGUCUUCCAUAACAGCGAGAGCUGCAGACUUAAGGAACAAGCCGAAAUUAUCCAGGCACCGUCGCGUUCAAUAUGGAUUUACAGUGGGUGUAGCAUCGCUGGAGACCGACCCUUCUCGGCUGGGGGGAGGGGGGGGGUUGACGGACGGCAGCGGAAAAAGCGACCAGCGUAAACAACGUUUGUGUUGAUGUUUCGGGUGGUGCUUUUGUCUCGUCCACCUAACCACAGCAACCCCCCCCUUGUCGGAGCCGUUUCAAGUGCACGAUAUUCGGCUAGCGGCUCGGCUAGCUGCUGUCGGGAUGCAUCACCAAGUUAUCACCGACAAGUAGCCACUAGGGCGACGGACUAGGGGGGAACGCCGAAAGAGCACCCCCCCCCCCACCCCUCCAACACCCGCACACCCCACUUGACCGAGGUCCCAGCGGGCCGCCGCCGGGGGACCCGAAUCCGUGUGAGCGACAGUAGCGGAGCCAGUCCCACUGUUGUCGGCGAGAUGGCGGAGCAAGGCUACUCGUCUUGGGCGUACUCUUUAGUCGACUCCAGCCAGGUCUCCACCUUCCUCAUCUCCAUCCUUCUCAUAGUUUAUGGAAGCUUCAGGUCAUUAAACAUGGACUGUGAGAACCAAGAGAAGGACAAAGAUGGCAAUCCCACCGCAACGGGCUCCUUCAACAACACCAACACAAACAACAGUAUUCAGACUAUUGACUCGACGCAAGCACUGUUUCUACCCAUAGGAGCCUCCGUGUCUCUGCUAGUCAUGUUCUUCUUCUUUGACUCGGUCCAGGUGGUAUUCACCAUCUGCACGGCAGUGCUCGCUACAAUUGCUUUCGCUUUCCUCUUGUUGCCAAUGUGCCAGUAUCUGACGAGGCCCUGCUCCCCACAGAACAAGAUUUCAUUUGGCUGCUGCGGACGCUUCACUCUGGCCGAGCUCCUGUCCUUCUCCCUCUCUGUCAUGUUGGUGCUCAUCUGGGUGCUGACUGGACACUGGCUCCUCAUGGACGCAUUGGCAAUGGGCUUAUGCGUGGCCAUGAUAGCCUUUGUGCGGCUCCCCAGUUUGAAGGUGUCGUGUCUGCUGCUGUCAGGGCUGCUCAUCUAUGACGUGUUCUGGGUGUUCUUCUCAGCCUACAUCUUCAACAGCAAUGUGAUGGUUAAAGUUGCCACACAACCUGCUGAAAAUCCCAUUGACGUCCUGUCCAGGAAGCUGCACCUGGGACCAGGGAUGGGCCGUGAUGUCCCCCGCCUUUCCUUACCCGGAAAACUGGUCUUUCCUAGCUCCACAGGAAGUCACUUCUCAAUGCUGGGAAUCGGAGACAUUGUGAUGCCCGGGCUGCUUUUGUGCUUUGUCCUGCGUUAUGACAACUACAAGAAGCAAGCCAGCGGGGAGGCCUCGGGGCCCGGGAACAUCCCGGGACGCAUGCAGCGGGUUUCCUAUUUCCACUGCACUCUCAUCGGAUACUUUGUGGGUCUUUUGACGGCCACCGUGGCAUCCAGGAUCCAUCGCGCUGCUCAGCCUGCUCUGCUCUACCUGGUGCCCUUCACCCUGCUGCCUCUGCUCACGAUGGCCUACCUGAAGGGGGAUUUGCGACGCAUGUGGUCCGAGCCCUUCCACGCCAAGCCCAGCUCUCGCUUCCUGGAGGUAUGAUGCACCCAGCCAAUUAGCGACCAGACACCAGGGGGAGGACAGCGGACCCCCACUCUCAUGGAAGUGCGGGGGACGGAGGGGGCGCCCUCACAUCGAGGCCAUGUCGUCACCACUCGUUCAUGCUUUCCACCGAUCUGCGGAGAACACACCUCCCUCCCCACGACCCCCCCAGCCCCGCCCACCACCUCAGAAGGACACAAGUGUGUGAGUGUGUUUGUGUGCGGGGAUCACAAAUGCCCCAACACACGACUUAUCUUCCUCUCCUCUUCAUCAUAGUACAUCCUGCUCGUGUUUCACUUCCUCUUCUUCCCGUCUUUCCUCAGCAUUGAUUUGUCACACCAGAUCAUAUGAGCUCCCCCCCUUUCCCCCUCCCUUUGUGGACUUGCAGUUGUGAGACAUUGGGGGGGUGUUAUAUAUAUAUUUUUUUAGUAUUGUUGUGGUCAUUACUCUUGACAUUAUUAAUAUUACUGCAGAGGGAUGUCAAACAAACACGGCGUGUCACUGUGGGCGGGAGGGGGUCAUGCGGUGAAGGAGGGGAGGGGAGCAUAUGCGCACACACACACACAGACACACGUGGGCAGACUCCUCCUCUCUGGUCAUCUGCUAUCCUCGCUCCCGGUUCCACACAGACAGCAACGUAUUUUAUUUAGAAAGGGUUUUAUUCUCUGCGUAUACAGAAGACAAUGAAUUAUUAAAUAGCGAAGCACACACACCCGCCGGGCGUGGCUUCCAUUUGUAUAUAUGUGUACACAUGUAUUUUUGCCAUCUCUUGAGUUUGUGUUUGAGAGCAUGUUGAGCAGCGGGUGAGUUGAAACUCAAUGGCCGGUUGACUUUUUAUUUGUGUGUGUGACGGGGGAAAAAAGAAAAGAAAUUCCAUCAAUUUCUGUGACGGUUAUUUUCCUGCUCCUGUUCUUAAGUGUGGGUGUGGGUGAAUGAUGACGUGCUUUUUUAAUUUCUUUUAAUUCGGGCUGGCUGUGACAAUAGUCAGGUUUGCAUCCACGUGGGCGGACUACUCGGACUCACCUUUGUGUAAACCUUUGUAAAAUAUGUACUAAAAUGUUUUUUUUUUUUUUGAUGUUUUUCAAAAUAGGGGGGAAAGUCCAGACAAGUGGAAAUGUAAACGGUGUUUUUAUAUAAAUAUUAUGAUGUUUCUUCAAAUAAAUGAAUGUUGAACCAAUUUGAAGGUAUGUUACAUUCAUCCAGGAGACUUUAUUUUGUCCCAAUCUUUUAAUUUUUUUUUUUUUUUUUGCACAAGUCAUCCCAAAGGGACGUUAAAAGGCCACAAACACGGUAACGUUGGCACAGAGCAAGCGAGCGAGUGCGAUGAUGACCUGACUAUUGUGAUAAGUCAGUGGGAGAUUCACAUCUACAUGCGUGGUUACAUGUACAUGUGUGUACGCGCAUAUGUGUGUGUGUGUGUGUGUGUGUGUGUUUGAGAUCUAAGGGGAGGAAAUCACUAACGAUCAGAAAUUGAUCAGUGGAAGUUAGACCUAAAAGUUAACAUGUAGGAUAUUUUUACUGUAACCAGCCUUUUUUUGUUUUGUUUUUUCAAGUCUUUCCACUUUUUUUAAUGUGGUUGUUGGUUCAUUUCUACUAAUUUAUGCCGCAAGAGGCAAGGAAGCCUGAGGGACGUUGCAGUUUUUUUGCUUUGCUUUUUUUUUUUCUUUUUCAAAGUACUUAUGUUAUUUUUUACUCUUGACGUGCAUGUUAAGUGUACAGUGUAAUCAUUUUGGAGGGCUACUGCUGAACUUUUUGGGAAGCUGGACUCGACCUGUUCACCUUCCCUCCCCAAUGUACACAGGAGAGUUUGGCCACAUUUUUGACUUGGGGUGGCAAAAAAAAAAAAAGGCUCAAUAUUUGGGACCUGAAGACUCUCUCUAAAAUCUGAACUGUCAGAACAAGAAACCCAUCACCUCUCAAAGGACAUGGCAAGAAAAGAAUAUAGAUUUAUAUAUAUAUAUAUAUAUAUAUAAAAGUUUCUUUUGACUAGUCCCUUACGGGGUCGCCACAGCGUAUCAUCUCAGAUGAAUGCACAUAUGUUUGUAUAUAUCUAUAUAUAGAUAUAGAUAUAUAUACACAUACGUGUGUGUGUGUGUGUGUGUAUAUAUACUAAAUAGAAAUAGCUGAAGACGAUCAUUGUGGACUUUUUUUUUUUCAAGAAUUUCUUUUCAGACGGAGUGGAGGAUCACAGCUCUCUAAAUAUUGCAACUGAAUGGAUUGUGUAUAGACAAAUGGUGACUCAUUAAAUUAAGAACAGUGUAGUGGUGAAACAUGAAUCCGGAUGCAUUUUAUCCACACACGGGCAACACAAUUGUCUCUCUCCCUCGUUCAAGAUUGUGC